AUGUCUCAAGAAAAAUUGGUACAAGAAGCCGUGGAUGCACUUCUUGAUAAUGGAAUCCGCGGACAACCGAUGAGGGACGGUCAUAAGAAAGUUUACAAAUCGUUUUCCGAUAUAAUUUCGGGCAAAGAGGGAAGAUUUCGAGAGACUCUUCUUGGAAAACGAGUUGAUUAUUCGGGGCGUUCUGUUAUUGUCGUAGGUCCAUUACUUUCAUUACAUCGAUGUGGAUUGCCCCCCGAAAUAGCAAUAGAGCUAUUUCAGACAUUUCUAAUUCGUGGUUUAAUUCGAAACCAUAUUGCUUCGAACAUAGGAGUUGCUAAGAGUCAAAUCCGGGAAAAAGAACCAAUUAUAUGGGAAAUACUUCACGAAGUUAUGCGGGGACAUCCAGUAUUGCUGAAUAGAGCGCCUACUUUGCAUAGAUUGGGCAUACAGGCAUUUCAACCCAUUUUAGUAGAAGGACGUGCUAUUUGUUUACAUCCAUUGGUGUGUAAGGGAUUCAACGCAGACUUUGAUGGGGAUCAAAUGGCUGUUCAUGUGCCUUUAUCUUUGGAGGCUCAAGCAGAAGCUCAUUUACUUAUGUUUUCUACUACGAAUCUCUUGUCUCCGACUAUUGGGGAUCCUAUUUCUGUACCAACUCAAGAUAUGCUUAUUGGACUUUAUGUAUUAACUAGCGGAAAUCGUCGAGGUAUUUGUGCAAACAGGUAUAAUUGGUUUAAUUGCAGAAAUUCUCAAAAUGAAAAAAUGAGCAAUAAUAACUUUAAGAACUUGAAGUAUAUGAAAAAAAAAGAACCCUGUUUUUGCAAUUCCUAUGAUGCAAUUGGAGCUUAUAGACAGAAAAGAAUAAAUUUGGAUAGUCCUUUUUGGCUCCGGUGGCAAAUACAUCAAUGCAUUAUGUCUUCAAGAGAAGUUCCUAUCGAAGUUCACUAUGAAUCUUUUGGUACCUAUUAUGAGAUUUAUGAGGAUUAUUUAGUAAUAAGAAGUAUAAAAAAAGAAAUUCGUUGUAUAUACAUUCGAACCACUAUUGGUCAUAUUUCUUUUUAUCGAGAAAUCGAAGAAGCUAUACAAGGUUUUUCUCGAGCCGAUUCAUCAUAUAGUAUCUAA